GUAGGGAAAGGCUGCGUACUAUAGACCCAAAGUGGUCGGACCCUUCCCUGGACCCUGCGCAAGCGGGAGCUACAUGCACCAGGUUGCCCUUUUUUUAUAAUUUUCUAUCCAAAAUCAUCUUCACAAAAUGUCUAAGAUAUCUUCACAAGAUGGUGACAAGCACAUACCAUGUGUUCAUGUGGACUAAGAAUUAGACCUUUGUUCACUGACAAGCACAUACCAUGUAAACUAAGUUAUGUUCAGCUUGUUUCUUAAUUAAAAUGUGUUUGUGCUUAACUUUAUUUACAUGUGCAUGUCUAAUAAAUUCCAUUCCAUUCCAGGUACACCUCAAAGAUGUACUAAAACUAUGAAAGGGGUACAAGUCAACCAUAAAACUCAUAAUAGGAGUUAACUACCAUAUUUGUGCAUGCCUAAUAAAUUCGGUUAUGUUUCAGGUACAUCUUAAGGUGUACUCCCUCUGACCCCAUUUACAUGGUGCACAUAUGUUCUGAGGUCCAACUUUGACUAACAAAACUUGGGCUCUGUGUUACAACAAUUACACCAUUCAAUCCAUAUUAAGAGUAAUUUCCAAUGGUAUAAUUUUUAUGAUAUUUAAUUAGCAUAUCAUAGAUUAAAAAAAUGAUGGUCAAAGUUUAAUCAUGAUGAGGGUGCGAUGUAAAUAGAGACGCAUGGAAUACUAAAACGCUGAAAGGGGUAGAAGUCAACCAAAACUCAUAUGUCUCGCUUACAUAAGAAUGGCAGUGCUUCAAUUAUUUAGUUUCGAAGAGAAAUCCUUUUCCUGGUGCAUGCUUCAUGACAAAAGAAAGUGGACUAUUUAUGAGUGAUUUUCUUCAGGUAAAAUAGGGUAGUUAAAUCUUGCCACAUAGGACUACCAACUAGUCAGCAAUUCACUAUGUGCACAAGAACUGGUCAAGUUUACUGUCUGGGACUCGCCGGCCUCCCCUACAGUUUUCAGAUCGAAAAGAGAUCUGGUCAGAGUGAGAAUUAGGUGGUAGGAUUGGCCCAACUAAGAAGAGGGGUCUAGACUCCUCCUUCAGUUGUAAUCUCUCCUGAAAAGAUGCUUCAAUUAUCUAACUGUACAAGAAAUAUCGUUCAUGAUCUUCGCAUUUUGCAUGUUCAAGAUAUGCAAAGCUACCGCUGCAAAGAAAGACUUCUAUGAAGAACCGGUGCUGCUCUACAUUGAGAACUUAAAAUCGUUUUUAUAGAGACAGUCUUAUUGAUCACUGGUUUUUCAGUCACCCAGCCACCACCAACUGGCUUCAUCAACUGAACUGGGUGGACUAGUUGGGCUCAGUGGUGGAGCGACAUGGGCUAGAAUAACCAUGGGUGUGCAAGACACUUGAUAACAAUUUUUAUGUGGAACCUGGUGUUUAGUAGGUAUGCUGCAUGUAUAGGUAUACGUGGGCUACAAAAAAUGAGAACUUCACCCAUGUGUUCUUGGUACGUUCUUUAGAGCUUGCAAUCUCAUAUGCUAGCCCAAUCUGCAUUGCCAACCCAAAUUUCCAGGUUCCAACGGUCUAGCACUCACUGUUGAUGCUUACGGCAUGUCUUCAUAGCCACACCUUGUCGAACUUUGCCAGAGGUAUGGCAGUUCGGAAGGGUACUGUUUAUUUUUACUGCUACAACCGUGGUAUGCCACACUUCCUUUGCAGCAUACCUCACUUGUUAUAAUCUCUUCGGAGUACCUACCUAUCAUGGCUAUGUGCGGGGGCCCCGGGAACCCUAGUUACUCAUAGGUCGAUGUGGUCAUCAUACGUUUUUUAUGGUAUACCUCCUCAUAGUUUAGGACUACCCAUCAACAUCUUUUAUACUUGUCAUAGUUAGUAGAUAAAGCGUGGCAAAGUCAGCAUGUGCAAAGUUUGGCUAGGUGUGGCUAUGAACCAAAUAUUCCCUAAGCAUUAAUGGUCCCCUGGACAAACGUAAUCCCCAACUUAGAAUAUGACAGUUACUCUCCCUGCCUUCAUCUGCAUCAAGGAGACAAUGCGGCACCAACUACAACCCACCUCAGCAGAAUCAUUGUCUACUAUGUGUAACCAUCUUUGAGCGGUAAGAGCGACCUCGUGUGACUUGCCCCACUUUGGGUGUGGGUGCAGCAUCGUUCCUGCACAUCUUCUCUCGUUCCGCAAUGGACAGGUAGAAGGAACAACCCCCUUUGCCUCCCGAAUGAGUUGCGCUUGAGCACCUUGCCCAGGGAAGUUGGCGGCUUCAAGGUAGAGGCAGCCGGCAGGGGUUCCUUCAAUAGGAAGUGUGUAAUUUGAGCUACUGAACUUAUCUACUCCUCUGUAUCAAAAUAUAAGACGUUUUUUGAUACUUACCUUGUAUCAAAAAACGUCUUAUAUUUUGAUACAGAGGGAGUAUUGUAUAUCUUCAAUUUUUCUUUUGGACAAUGCUAUUAACUCUAUAGCUAUGAUUUUUUAACGACCAGCAGUAGGAAUUCCUACUGCGUAUAUUUAUGUAUUUCUGUGAAGCAUGUUACAUAUUUCCAGCAUUCAUUGGCAAAUUGGCAGUGGAAGGAAAGGUGACCUCUGGUUUCAGUUGUGCUUGCUCACGAAUAGUCAGCUGUUGCUACAUGGAAAAGGGAGCUUGGGGUCCAGAUCAAUGCUUCAAACCUGCAAAGGGCAUCAGCAAUUCAGCAUUAGAUGUUGGCGACUUGGAGGUUUGGAGCUGCUUCGGUAUGAUCAGGGAAAGAGGGCAGCAAGGAACCAAAGCUGCCAUGGAGAAGGACUAUAGUGUGGAUGAUUAUAUUUGUGCUAUUUGUGAUGAGGGUGGCGACUUGAUAUGUUGUGAUGGUGACUGUGGGAGGUCGUUCCACCCAACCAAACCUACUGGUGAAGCUUCUCAUUGCGACACUCUUGGUCUGAGUGAAGAACAACUGGAACUACCUGAGUUUCUGUGCGAAAAUUGUGAGUCUAAGAAGCACCAGUGCUUUGUUUGCGGAGAGUUGGGAUCUUCAGACCAAGGAGGAGACGAACAGGUCAUCAUACAAUGCAAUAAGAGGGGCUGUAAGCGCUUUUACCACCCUUAUUGUCUUCCAUUGGAUAUCAAUAAAAUACCUGAGGAUGCAUGCCCUAUGCAUGAAUGUUACUCGUGCAAGAAAAAAAAUGCAACUUCGGAGGAUAACAAAAUGACAGGAAAAACAAAGGGAAAGGAAACGUGCAGGAAAAAACAUGCAACAUCGGAGGGUAAUAAAACAAGAGGACAAUCAAAGGGAAGGGGAACAUGGGAAAUGAACUUGGUGCUAUGCAGGCGCUGCCCCAAAGCAUUUCAUCGGAAGUGCUUGCCAAGGGAAAUGUUUGGUGGUGAAGGCAACAUACAAAGGAUAUGGGAGACUGCGGGAGGGACUGUGUUCUAUUGCGGGGAUCAUGAGAUGGUAGAAAAUCUCAGAAGUGCAAAGAGGAAUCAUAUUAAGUUUCGAGAAGAAAAACCUAAAGGUGCGGCUGAAAACCAAAGUGUCGAGGAUGGGAACAAGUGAAGUGUUCCUGUUGCGAAAAAUAUGGCCGGACCUGUGGUGGCUUCCCUCCAUGAUUUAUCUCCCAACAUGUUGGAGAAAGGAAGCCUGUCUUGGGCUCUCGGCGAAUUGCAGAGAGAGUGAACUGAAAGCCUUGGCGUCGUCUAUGACAGAUAACAUUAUCUGCAGUCCUGCAACAUUCAUGUGUUUGAUGUGGUUUUGUGUCCGGUGACAGUGAAACCGUAUUGGUUGUGGGGGUGUGUCGUGACAUUGUUAUUUCUUACAUUGCCAGAAUUUGGACAUCAAUCAGGUUGUGUGAACCGCGAUUAAGACGACGCAGAUGCGAAUCAUCAUGAUAGAAAUGUGCUGGCAUGUCACCGGCAGGGGUCUUU